AUGAAUCCGGAAAAUGAAGAGUCUCAAACACCCAUGGAUGAGACCACAGAAGAGGAGCCAAGCUCAAAGAUACCUGAAUGUCAACCAUUUCAAGGACAAAUCCAAGACUGUGAUAUGGGUGAAACAGCAACAGUGAUGAAGGUCAAGUUAAAUGAUGAUACUACUAUUAACAAAACAUCCGAAAGUUUAAAGACGCUUCUUGAGCAACAGGAAUAUGAAGAAAUGCGAAACACCUCAUGGGCUGAUCUAAUGGACGAAGAAGUAAUAAAAUCUAAAAGCAGCUUACAAUCAAAGAAGGAUGAAGAGGUUGUAACAUCAAAAAUACAAUCGGUAGAGAGUGAUUGUAUUAUUUUAAGUUCUAAUGAGGAAUUUCCAAGUUUAUUAGCUACUAUUGAGCCAUCACGAUCAGAUAUGGAACGACGCAAAAGCAACACAUCAAAGAAGAAACGACAGCCGAAGUCCAGGUUUAGACGCAAUUUAGAACUUACAGAAGCUGAGGCAUCGAAGACUGAUAGCCAAGUUCCCGGGAAAUCGUCGCGUCGGGCUUUUAAGCGAGAUAAAAUGCAAGGUGCUCAAGCGUUUCCCGUGACAAGCACUGAUGAUGAAGAGGGUCCGACAUCUUCGAAAUAUCAGAAAAAAAGAAGGAAAGUUAUACAUAAGGAAAAGACCGUUUAUGAAGCUGGCAGUUGGAAAUUUGUCUCUGAGGAUUUACCUUACAGUAAACGUUCCAGUAGGGAAAGCUCUCCUGGAAGUACUUCUAGCAUUGCUUCCACGUUGCGCAUUAAGAAGGGUUGGUCAGAACCAAAACUUGGUUGGUGCAAAGAUGAAACUACUCUUCUGAGGCGUUCAAAGGAAAUUGAAAAAGCGAAGGAGAAACCAGUAUACGCGAAAUAUCUUGCGAAAGUACCACGACAUGCGCGAACGAAAAAUAUGCCAAAAACUCCCAACAAGUACAUUCAGUACUCGCGUAGGUCAUGGGAUAAACAGAUGCGUCUGUGGAAGCGGCGGUUAUAUGAAUGGGCUGAUGAGGAGCCGACUAAAAGCUGUUUAAGCUUAAAUGAAUCUACUGGUGAUGAGACCUCAGACAGUGAGACAGUAUCUUCUACUUUGAAAACGGAUGAAAAUAAAUCAUCUUUGGAUGAAAUCAAGGUAGAACCAGAUGCAGCAGCUUCCCUUCUUGGUUAUCUUGAUAUCGAUACACGAACCAAUACACUAACAGUUAUGAAGACUGAUGAUGAAUCAACGCUCAAAGGAACAUCGCGCAGUGUUCUUGGACCUCGUGAUUUUAGCCAGCUUUAGCUUUAUAUUAAUUGGUAUCCGUGUCAUUAUGUUAUGAUUUAUUCAAUUUUUAUCUGAAUUCAAAUUUCCG